UGCGUUGAUGAAGAAGUGCGUCCUCUGCCGCACCCAAAUCGAUGAAAUGCUCUCAUAUACGCACUGCUGCGGCGGUGCGGGUCCAGUCGAAAAGGUUUAUGUGGCCGGCACAGUCUGCUUGACCGCGCCCGAGGAGAAGCUUCUGGAGCCGGCGUGUGUGAACACCUCUGGCCAUAGCGUGGCCAUGAACAACACGGUGGUCACUCCAGUGGCUGGCAGCAGCAAUCAGUUGAAUAGCCAGAAUAACAUAUUAAAUGCUGCAGCAGCUGCAAAUCUCUCGAAUUUACCAACGGGCAUGGCCGCACCUGCUGCAGGCGCUGUUAACAAUUUCCAAAUGGACGAUGUGCAAAAGCUGAAGCAACAGCUACAAGACAUAAAGGAGCAGACCAUGUGCCCCGUUUGCUUUGACCGGAUUAAGAAUAUGGUCUUUCUCUGUGGCCAUGGYACCUGYCAGAUGUGCGGCGAUCAAAUCGAAGGAUGCCCCAUUUGUCGCAAAACGGUGGAGAAACGCAUUCUGCUAUUCUGAAGCACAAUAUAUUGAUAUCCAUUAUUAAUGGCACACAUUCCGCGCACAGUCCCCGGGCACAUUAGCGUGCGAAUCGGCCUUAAAUUAAGUAUUAUUUAGAUGAAAUGUACACUCGAAUACAUUAUACUCAUUUUCUCGAAAAUAUCGUCUUAUAAAGCGAAAUAAAAUAUAAAU